CGUUGAAGCCCUAAAAUCAGUUUGCUAUCAUAUUCUCUCUACGUUUCUUUUCAUAAACCCUACUGCUUUGCCGAGAGAAAUCCAGAGGAGAAUGCCUAAGCUGUUUCGCAACCCUAAAGGGUACUCUACUUUCCAGUUCUUCCUUCAGAAGAUUUUCCAUUAGCCAUAAGUCUUUCAAAUACCGACAUCAAUUUAGAAUUUUGGGUGUUCUUGGUGAGCAGAGCCAGAAAAAGAAAAGGAGAAAUGAAGAGGAAGGCAGAGGAUCUCGUGUGUGGCCAUGGAACAAGUUGGGUGAGAGGGCAAGUGAUCGGCAAAGGGAGUUUUGGGUCCGUUUUUCUUGCCACCUCAAAAAACCCCGGAUCACGGUUCUCUUGUUUCCCUUCGCCCAUGGCUGUGAAAUCCGCAAAGGUAUCUGGUUCGGCCUCGCUUCAGAAGGAGAAAGAGGUUCUCGACAAGGUCAAAGGCUGCCCUUUUGUGAUUGACUGCUUUGGGGAGGAGAUUACGACCCAAGAGGACGGUGAGAUGGUUUACAAUUUGUUAUUGGAGUAUGCUUCUGGAGGAACCCUAGCCGAUUCAAUCAAGAAAUCUGGUGGUUGUGGGUUGCCCGAAUCCGAUGUUAAGCGCUACACCAAAUCGAUUCUCAAAGGGCUUCGUCACAUUCAUGACUGCGGUUAUGUGCACUGCGACCUAAAACCUGAGAAUGUUUUACUUGUGCCAAGUAUUAAUUCUAGUGGUAAUUUUGUGGCAAAGAUCGGGGAUUUUGGGUUGUCGAAGAGGUCAGCACAGAGUAAGAAGAGGAGGUUCGACUUGGACCUUUACUUGAGAGGCACUCCACCGUAUUUGGCCCCUGAAACGGUGAUUGAGAACGUACAGGAGCUUCCCUCUGAUAUAUGGGCUAUGGGAUGUGUUGUGUGUGAGAUGCUUACUGGGAAAUCCCCUUGGGAUAGGGCGGAAGAGUUGAACACAAAGGAUCUUUUGCGUUUGAUUGGUGAUCAGCGUGAAUUGCCCAAAAUUCCGAGUGGCAUAUCUGAAGACGCAAGGGGUUUCUUGAAGGCAUGUCUUGUGAGGAAACCCAUGUUCAGAUUCACAGUUGAGAUGCUAAUGGAUCAUACAUUUCUGGCCGGUGUAGGCGAACAUGAUGAUGAAGGUUUACUGGACGUUCAUGAUGAUGAAGAGAGGGGUGAAGGUUUGCUGGACAUUCAUGAUGAAGAGCCACUUGCUGCUUCUAGUUCUUCAUCGACCGAGACUGACGCUGAGCUUAGUGGUUCUUCUUUUUCGGGUGAUUGGAGCUUGGUGUCUGAUGAUGAUGAUGAUGGCAUUGAUUCGGCCUCUUGUUCUUGGCCGGAAGAAGUUGAAGAUGUAGAAGUGCAAUUCAUUGGGAGCUCAGAUAAAGAAGUUUCUCUUUUAGGCUCUUUGAACUGCAUCACUCAACCCUACAUAUUGGAGUAUAGCAGUGACUACACAAGAUGACAAGAAUAUUCAGUUUUGGUUCUGCAUUUCAUUGGGAUAUCAGAUAAAAAUGCGUAUUUUGUAGGCUCUUUGAACUGCCUGGUUUCAACCAUACCUGUAUUGGGGCUUAGCAGUGACAAACCACAAAAAUAUGUAUUAACUUUUUAACUGU